AUGGAGUCCUACAUGACCAUGGGAAAAGCCUGUCAUCACUGUUUGCCCAACAUUACCAAUCAGCUGCACGCAUCCUGUCAAUGCGUAACCGGAAACGGUGUCGAGCGAGCCGUACUGACUCUGAACAGAAUGAUUCCUGGACCUAGCAUCCAGGUCUGCAAGGGAGAUCAUGUCAUCAUUGAUGUUGAUAACCAAAUGGACGCUAAAGCAACGAGCAUUCACUGGCACAGGAUUUAUCAGACCGGCACCCAGUACUACGACGGAGUACCCUUUGUAACCCAAUGCCCCAUUGCGGAUGGGAACUCAUUGAGAUAUCAUUGGUAUGCUGAGAACGAAGGUACGCAGUUCUGGCACUCGCAUCACGGAUCUCAAAGAAUAGACGGUCUUUACGGGAGCAUAGUUAUUCCCGAGUUCAGCAUCGAAGGGCAUAAGCUGAAGUUAAUCGCUUCAGACGGAGCGGACAUCGAUCCGACUGACGUAGACAGCAUCCUGUCGACUGCAGGUGAGAGGUACGAUUUCGUGCUUCAAACUUACGAGAGUAUUGAAAAGUCAUGGUGGAUUCGUAUGCGAGCGUUAGGGGACUGCACAAACACGUCCGUUCAGCAAUUUGCAAUUAUGCAAUACGAAGGAGCCCCGCCUAUUCCCAGUACUCCAAGACCCUCAUACGACGAAGGUUUCCUUGGAGCAGAGGUCCUGGACUAUUUCAACACUCUGCAGGAAACAAACAAACCAAAACGAGUUGUAGGAGGAAUAAUUGCAUCCGCUUUGAAAGCAAGGACUUCCAUUGACAGAGAAACUUACAGUGACUUCAACAAUACAGAAAUAAAAAAUGCACUUCCAGUCAACGAAGAUAUACGUGGCAAACCAGACAUCCAAGUCGUAGUACCGUUCAGCCUCAUGGCAUUGGAUGAUGACAAAUUCUGGACGUCCAAUAAUUACGACCGUUUUGGAAUUAGAUAAUCAUCAAUUCAUUCAAAUUUCCACAUAAAUAAGUAUCCUUUAGAAGAUAAAUU